AUGAAUAAUACGUCGCUAUCUUGCAUCGAACCAGUAACGGAAUAUUGUUCAAAGGACUAUAAUGUACGGCACAAGUUGAUACCUUGGCGUCCAAACGGAGGGUAUGAAAAUGUCGAAGUUAUUCCUCUAGCAACAAAGACAGUAUCGAAAUAUACGACAAACGGUAUAAAUUCAUUGAAAUUCCCGAAUCUUGUAACAGGAUAUCAACGUAAUCCUGUGCAUGCGUCGAAAACUGCCGCUUCUACACGAUAUACGCCAAACGAAUGGUUUGAGAAACAGGUGAAAUGUUACAACGACGCAGACUCUUGCAGACACUUUUCUGAAAGGAUCAGAAACGAUGCUUUACGAAUUAUUAGAGACGCAGAGGAAAAGGUGCAACACGGACAAUACGAUACAGGUCGAAGACUGGGCGAAAGAAUAAACGAUGUUAAUUUUUGGCGAAACGAAGUAGCCACCGAACUAGAAAGAUUGCUCCAAGAAAUCGAAAGACUUCAAGAUUGUCGUUCUAUUUUAGAGAAAGCUAUUAAAGAUAUCGAGGCUCCAUUGCAUAUUGCAGAGGAAUGUCUUUACCAUAGAGAAGCUAGAAAAGGUACAGAACUGGUGCACGACGAUUCAGAGAAAUGUUUGCUAAAAGAAAUCGAAAUUUUAAAUUGUAAUAGAAAGAAACUGGAAGUGUGCUUGAAUAACUGUAGAGGGCAGCUUCAAGAUUGCAGAGCGUCUCAGAAUCAAUUGGAAUUGGACCUGAAAAACAAGGAAAAUGCAUUAGGAAUAGAUUCGAUGUGUCAUCAGUUGAACAACUACAGUCAGAGACUACAAUAUUAUUCUGGAAUAGACAAAUACGAUCCAUGUGUUACAGAAGAAGAAACAUGGGCGGACGCGGCAAAUCGAAUAAUUCAAAAAUCUCAAACAGAAAGAAAGAAAUCUUGUCAGUUGAGAUCAACCGCGGAGGUUCUUACGACUAAAGUUGCACAGGAAAUGUGGGAUGCAUGGAGUAACACGAAUAACGCUUUAGCGCAUAGAUCUUCCGAAUUGCUCGAAGCUAAAACGAAGCUUGAACAACAUUUACAAAAAGUGCAACAAGAAAUAUUUGACGUCGAGAAAAAUUUAGAGUUGACGCGUAAAGCUAUCACGGAUAAAGGUCACGUACUUAGAGUAGCGCAUACCAGAUUAGAGGCUAGAAUGCAACGACCGGAUUUAGAGCUGUGCCGCGAUUACGUUCACACAAGUCUUCAUAAAGAAAUCGAGGAAAUAAAUCAUCAAGUGGAAAGAUUGCACAGGGCAUUGAAAGAAUUAGAGAUUCAGCACCAGAAACUAUUAAAGACACGAUCAACACUGGAGCAUGAUUUUGCGCUGAAAAUCGACGCGAUGUACAUCGAUCGGGAGAAAGUCUCGAGUCUUCGACGCGCUUAUCCAAUUAAUGUUUUAUUCAGAUUUUAAAUGUUUCUUCCCGGCAAAAAAUCACUUCGUAUUGUGAG